AUGUCCCACAAACCUCCCCUCCCCUCCACUACGUGGAACCCCACCCAGUACCUCAAAUACCACUCCCAACGCACCCGCCCCGUCCACGACCUCCUCUCCCGCAUCCCCCAACUCCCCUCCACCAGAGAAGCACCCACCAUAAUCGACCUAGGCUGCGGCCCGGGCAACUCCACCGCCGCCCUCCGCUCGCACUUCCCAACAGCGCACCUCACAGCCCUCGACUCCUCCCCAGACAUGCUCGCGCGCGCCCGCGCCGCCAACAUCCCACCCCCGGUGCACUUCGCCCUCGCCGAUCUCCGCACCUACGUGCCCCCCACCCCCGCACCGGACCUCUUUGUCGCCAACGCCGUCCUCCACUGGGUGGACCGUAAGCGUCGUCUGCCGCUUGUGCGCGCCCUGCUCGAGUCUCAGCCCCCCGGCGGGGUGUUUGCUUACCAGGUCCCUGAUAAUCUGGCGGAGCCGUCGCAUGUGCUGAUGAGGGAGGUCGCGAGGGAGGAGGGGCCCCAGGCGGUUGAGGAUCCGUUGGAGGUGUGUGAUUUCUUGGAACCGGUUUGUGGGAAGGAGGUUGAUGUGUGGCGGACUACGUAUUACCAUGUGUUGAGGGAUCAUGACGAGAUUGUGGAGUGGGUUAGUGGGACGGGGUUGCGCCCGUUUUUGGAGCCGCUGGGGAACGGGGAGCUGAGGGAGGCGUUUUUGGAGAGGUAUAGGGCUAGGUUGGAAGAUGCUUAUCCGGCUGCGAGGGAUGGGGCGUCGGUGUUGUUUCCGUUUCCGAGGCUGUUUGUUGUUGCGGUUAGGAAGUAG